CUCCCUCUCUCUCUCUCUCUCUGCAAGUUCAACCAACCUCCAUGGCUCUUCUAGCUCGAAACUCACAUCGAAUGGCCCUAGUCGCAUCACAGAGAUCAGCAACGAUCCACACAACCCUCCCAUUACUGGCUCCGCCAUCGCCGUUGCCGUCGCAGCCCACGCCCUACUCCCGCCCUCCGCCUCCGUCGAUGACGUCGCCGGGGGGGCUGUCGAAGGCGGCGGAGUUCGUGAUCUCGAAAGUCGACGAUCUGAUGAAUUGGGCUCGCCGCGGCUCCAUCUGGCCCAUGACCUUCGGUCUCGCUUGCUGCGCUGUCAAAAUGAUACAUACCGGUGCUGCUCGCUACAUUUUGGAUCGGUUUGGUGUUAUCUUCAGGCCGAGCCCUAGACAGUCCGAUUGUAUGAUCGUCGCUGGCACUCUCACCAACAAGAUGGCCCCCGCUCUUCGCAAGGUGUAUGAUCAAAUGCCCGAGCCAAGAUGGGUCAUUUCUAUGGGAAGCUGUACAAAUGGUGGUGGGUACUACCAUUAUUCAUACUCUGUGCAGGGAUAGGCAAAUUGUCUGAAA